AUGGCCCACGAACUCCCCGCGCUCCCCUACUCGUACGAUGCUCUCGAGCCGUACAUCUCCAAGGAGAUCAUGACCCUCCACCACACCAAACACCACCAGACGUACGUCAAUGCGCUCAACGCCGCUGAGGGCGCGUACGCCAAGGCGUCCACGCCCAAGGAGCGCAUCGCCCUCCAGGCGGCGCUCAAGUUCAACGGUGGUGGUCACAUCAACCACUCCCUCUUCUGGAAGAACCUUGCGGGCUCUGCCAAGGAGGGCAAGGGCCACGGCGGUGAGCUCAAGUCGGGCGCGCUCGCCAACGCGAUCAACCAGAAGUGGGGUUCCCUCGACGCCUUCAUCAAGGAGUUCAACACCACCACCGCUGGCAUCCAGGGCUCCGGUUGGGGCUGGCUCGGAUACUCUCCGUCCAACAAGACGCUCGAGGUCGUUACUACCGCCAACCAGGAUCCUCUCAUCACUCACGUCCCGAUCAUCGGCGUCGAUGUCUGGGAGCACGCCUUCUACCUCCAAUACAAGAACGUCAAGGCGGACUACCUCAACGCCAUCUGGAACGUGAUUGACUGGCAGGAGGCCGAGAAGCGCUUCACUGAGGCCACCGGUGGUUCAAAGCUCUGA